ACUUUCUUAAGGCAAUGAAGCCAUUUUUUGGAGUUUUUGUGAUUUUUGUGGCAUUUUUUGGUGCUGUAAGAUGUCAAUCAUUCGAUGAUCAGCUGAUGUUUGAGCAGUUUUAUGGAUCAGCAUUUGAUCCCCAAAUGCAAAUCUAUGACGUUCGAUCAUUCCAGAACAUCAUAAACCAUCCACACUUUAAAAUGAAUGCUCCAACUGUGAUUUUUCAUUUUGAUGAAUUUGAAACAAAUCGAGAUCAGCAUAUUGCAGAAAUUAUAACGUCAUAUCUGUAUAUGGAAGAAUAUAAUAUGAUUCUUGUGGAUUAUCAGGAUGUGAACAUUAUUUCUGAUAGUGCAGCUUAUGAUCUUGCUCAAAGUGUAUCUCGAGGUCUUGAAGGUUUUCUAAGAAUCUUCAAUCCACAAUUGGUCCAUUUUUUGGGUAACGGAGUUGGUGCCAAUGUCAUGUCACAUACAGCUGAAAUCUUAAGGAGUAAUGGAAUCACAGUUUCUAGAUUGACUGGAUUAAAUCCCAGUAGAAUUUCACAUCAUGCAACAUUUGUUGAUUCAAUUCACACAGAAGAAUCAAAUUUCAAUCCAAAUUUUGUUGGUCAAGUUUCAUUUUUUAUCAAUGGCGGAACUCAUCCACAGCCUAGAUGCACAGGUAUAGUUUCAUGUAGCAGAGAUUUUGGAAAAAGAGUUUGGGCUGAAUCAGUUCGAUCAGAAAUUCCCAAUUUCCCAGCCUUACCUUGCUCUAGUUGGAUCGAUUUUAUGAAUGGUGAAUGUAAUCAAAAUGAGCCGAUUGGAAAUGCAGGAAUUUUUGCACAUAGUUCCUUACGUGGAAGUUACUUUUUGCAGACAAAUACUAGAGAACCGUGGUCGAGACUAACUGCUUUUCCAGGAACAUAAGUUUAUUAAUAUUUUUAACUUGAUUGCAGAUUUGCACAAUUUUAAAAAUGCCAAAUAAAGAAUCAUUUAAUUAAGAGUUUG